GUUGGUGGUAGCAGAACAAAAAGACGCCACUCGCUCUCAUCAGCGGGUCAAUUCCGGGUCGGAUCUCUCUCAGAUCAAAAAAAAAAAUGUACCUGAAGAAGCCGUUUUGGAGCGAUACCUUGAACUCACCGCCGGAAGGUGAGUCGCAAUCGCCGGUUCUCGAGCUAGUGAAAUCUAUCGACAAGCAGAGACUGUACCGCGAGGUGACGCUCGCCCUCCGAACCGGCCUCCGUGAUGCCCGAGCCGAGUUCUCCUUCCUCCGUGUCCGCGGCCUCCGCAGCCUUCUCAAGUUCCUCCGAUCCGUUGCCCAAUCGGAUCACACCAUUAAUCUCUUUUGCCACUCUCAAUCCAUUCCCCAACUCCAAGUGGUGCCAGUUUUAUUUGAACAUUCACUUAAAGAGGUGGAGGACCAAACAGUGUCUAAUUUGAAUCACAUAUUUACCGUUGUGCCGAUGAAGAUAACUAGUCCGUCUACUGAUGCCGAAGUUGCUCUUGCUUUACGAGUUCUUGAAGGAUGCUGUCUUCUUCACCGCGAGAGUACAAUCUUGGCUCAUCAGCACAAGGCAAUCAAAGUUUUGAUGAAUAUCUUGUCAACUCGGGGAGUACUUGAGCAAGGUGCGUGCCUUGAUGCUCUGAUUGCCAUUAUGCUGGAUUCCUCUUCCAAUCAAAUGGAUUUUGAGGCAUGCGAUGGCAUAGAGGAAGUUGCUCAUCUUAUAAGAGAUAAACAAGUAGAAGAAAAUCUAAGGUUGAAAUGCGGUGAAUUUUUGCUUCUUCUUAUUGGGCAUGUAAAUGGAAGGGAAACACCUCCAAUGCUGACUAUAAACGAGGAUGUAAGGCGAUUCCUAGGUGAAAAAUCUGCCUCCUUAAUAUGGGCAGCAAGUCAAUUUGGAUCAACCUUGGAUCCAGAUGAAAGAUUGACAGCUUUGCAUAUUCAAGCCCGAAGGGUGCUCGAGUCAAUCGAUCUUUACUGACAGCACGCUUAAAGAAAGGAGCUAUUGGCAUUGUAAGACUUCUCUCAAGAACUUGCAUGUCUCUUACAUACUGUGAAUGAUUUUUUUUUUUAUUUGAAUUGUAUCUUGUCUUUUGUACAUAAAUAUUACAGGAUUGUGAUCAAACCUUAAAUUAAACAUGUUCGAAUCUCA